GCAUCGCCUCCUCCUAUUGGCUCCGCUUCCUGUAACGUGUCGUAAACACCGAGCUCCUUGUUCCGGGUUGUUUCUUCUGGAUUUAAAGCUUUUUUAACUGAACUCGUUUUUUAAAAAUGAAGAAAUAGAAACGUUACGAUCUUCUUCGUGUUGGGUUCAGAAAGUGAGGAGAGGAUGGAGAAUAUUCAAAGUCUGCCCAUCGACAUUCAGAGCAGUAAACUUCUGGACUGGCUCCUGGACCGACGUCACUGCAACCUGAAAUGGCAAAGUGCAGUGAAAACCAUCAGGGAGAAGAUCAACGCUGCGAUCCAGGACAUGCCAGAGAACCAGGAGAUCACACAGCUCCUGUCCGGCUCCUACAUUCACUACUUCCACUGCUUGAGAAUCGUGGAGAUCCUGAGGGGAACAGAGGCUUCGUCUAAGAACAUCUUUGGCAGAUAUUCAUCUCAGAGGAUGAAGGACUGGCAGGAGAUUGUGUCUCUUUAUGAAGCAGAUAAUGUCUAUCUGGCGGAGGUCGCCAGUUUGCUGAGUCGCAACGUGAGCUACGAAGGCCCGGCUCUGAGGAAGCAGUUGGCCAAAGCCAAGCAGCUGCAGCAGGAGCUGAGCAGACGGGAAGUGGAGUGUCAGAGCUCAGCUGCAGACCUGAGGGAACGAUACUAUGCUGCGUGCAAACAGUAUGGCAUCACCGGAGAGAAUGUGCCUCGUGAGCUUCAGGCUCUGGUCAAAGAUCUACCCGCCGUUCUCGAGGAAGUCGGGAAGGAUUCAGGGAAAUUAGAGGAGCAAAUCCGACUUUACGCCGCUUUCACGAACUUCGUAUGCGAGUGGUCCGAUCCGGUCUUGCCCAUGCUGACGUUUGCCCAGACGAGAGGAAACACAACGUUCUACGAGUGGAGAACAGGGAAAGUCCCGACAGUUGUCGAGAGGCCGGCUGCGGAGGCGGCUCCUUCUGGCUCGGCCACAGACGACAUGGUUAGUUUCGCCGACUCUAUAUCGAGUGUUAAACAGGAUCAUGUUACCAAAACCUCCCAUGUUAGAUCCAAGAUCGACUGGGGCGACUUUGGCAAAGGAGCAGACCCUGCGGGGGUUAAUUCUGGCAUCGCUGUCGAGGAUGGUGUAGACUGGGGUAUCAGCGUGGAGCCAAACUCUGAGGACACCGGUGCCGGCGGUAUCGACUGGGGCGACAGUGAUGCAGCUCCGAUAGAAAUUGAGAUCGUAGAUGUGGGCACAGACUGUCCUGAGGGCGUGGCUCGGGGAGAGGAUGCUUCAACUGUGCUGGAGAACUCUCAGUCACGCAGCCAGUUCAUAGAUGAGCUCAUGGAGCUGGAAGUGUUCCUCACCCAGCGCAUCAGUGAGAUGGGAGAAGAGGGGGACGUGGUGUCGAUGAGCCAGUUCCAGCUCGCUCCUUCCAUCGUCCAAAACCAGACCCAGAAGCACGUUCGGGAGAUGCUGUCCCAGGUGCAGGACCUUCUCCACCGGCUCACCACCCUCCGGAUGCAGCACCUGUUCAUGAUCCAGGCCUCGCCACGGUAUGUUGAGCGUGUGUCAGAGGUGCUGAGACAGAAGCUGAAGCAGGCAGAUAUCCUGGUGCUGAAAGGAGCCACGAUGGUUGAGAAGAGGCAGGAGGCGCUGGAGGAGCAGUCCAGGCUGGAGCCACGUGUCGACCUGCUGGCAGGGUGCACCAGAGAUCUCCAGAAGCUGAUCGAAGCCGACGUUUCAAAGCGAUACAACAGCAGACCUGUGAACCUGAUGGGCGUUAAUAUAUAGUGAGCGUUCAGACAUUCACAACAAAUAUUUUGUCAUGAUCUUGAAGGAGAAAUAAAAAGUGGUAUUUAAUUUACA